GUAUAUCAAUAUGUUACUUUCAGAUCUGGAAACAUACUGACAGAGUUUUAUAGUCAUUUCCGCAGCAUCUACAUCUCUUACCUUGUCCAAUACCUGACAUUCUAACGCCAAUCCAGGAGAGGGUCAACCUUGGUAGCCAAAAGCGUGUCCAUUUCGAUGUACCUGACUCCUCUGGCUCGACUUCAUCUUUGGGAUCGUGGGGAUCAAGGGCGUCGAUUUCCUCGCAAGCCCUACCGUCUGCUCUCAGCUUAGAGUCUAUUACUAUGUCAUCACCCAUCUCAUCAGGUCCUAUAUGUUCUGUGGAGGAACUGGAAUACCAUGGGCCAGAAUCAGAUGUAUCGUCUUCAGCUACUGACCUAUUUGACAAUGAUAGUAGGGAUGACGAGUCUACUACAUCGUCAGCCGGGUCAGCCUCAAAGGAUGAUUUGGAUCCACCCCUCUUUGAUCCCCGACUGUUAGUGUCUCCACGAAAGAGCCGCCCCUCGAGCGUCCUCCCUACAGUCAGCUUUGGCUAUGGAAGAGGAACGGGCGAGGCUGCCGGGAUUUGGGAUCUCGAACUUGCAGUCAACGAGCCAUUGUGCUGGGGCAUAUCUUUGCUAUCGGAAGCUGCCCUCUGUCUGCGAACACUAGUCACGAAAGGCACGAAUGUUAAAAAUGGCGUUUCAUAUCCUUUGUCUUUCACCGGAAAAGAUCUUCUAGCCACGUUACGAGCCUGUAUCGAGGAAGAGCACGACGAUACUGAUACUCCUUUACCUCUGGAAUCGCUGGUCCUGGAUAUCGCUCGAAGUCUACAGACCCAGUUCUUGUUCUGUGAGGUAGGGUCACAGGGAUGGGGCGAAGAAACGAUAUACAACAGCGAAGAGUGCAUAUAUAUGUUUCUUGAUGAUCAGGAAGACCCUUUGUCUAUACGCUCAGACGACGAGAUUCCAACUGGAGUUGUGCCAAUGCUGACUCGUUGCUAUUCUCCAACUUGUUCCGAUGAUUGGCCUUGCUUUUCGUAUGCCUGUCCUAGAUGGGGCUAUGCACAACCAUCACGUCAAUCCGUCACUGUGGGUUCCAAAGUAGAACCGUCAGGCGUAAAGACUUCUUCUGCGCGUCCUGCAGACAUUAUCCCACUCCUUGAUCAUAUAAGGGACAUGGGUCGCACCCUACACCCUAUCGAAUUUGUGUCUGACUGUCUGUCUCCGCGAGAAUUACCUCCAAUUGACACCCAGGUAGCAUCAACUCGCUCGGAAGGGGACUUACUUAACAGUUAUUGGGAGUUGGUAGAGAAGAUGGACGUCGCUUUUGAUACCGGGUUCGGGCUGGAGCAGUUCCCACAAGAAGUCACCGCUAAGGUCGACUCGAUCGCGGAUUCAUCUCGCCAUCCGGAACCAAAACGUUUCCAAUACAAGUGGCUUCUAGCGUUGUGUAUAUCAUUUCCUUUUGUUUAUGUGCUGUCCUUAAAUAUUCUUCCCUUGUUGGAUUUUGCGUUCGUGUAGCUAAUAUCUUGUUCCAUUUUUCCUUUUAAAAGUUUAUG